CGUUGGCACGGCUCUUUUAGGGUUCAUUGGGGUGCAAGGGAGGCACCAAUGGAUUUCGAGCUCAAGGCCGCCAAGGCCAAAUGGGAGAGGGAGCAAGCGGAGAAGAAAGAGAGGGCUAGGGCGCGGCUGGAGAGGGAGCGGAGAGCUCGCGAGGCGGCGGCUAGGCAGCACGAGGCGAUCGAGGAAGCUCGGCGCCGGGCCCGGAUCGAAGCGGCGGAAGCUGCGCUUGCGGCCCAGCGGCAAGACGAGGAGGAUCGAGAAUUGGGGGAUGGGGUUCGAUACAGCAGGGUUCUUCGAGCUUUCAAGAUUCCUGGCGAUGGCGACAAGAUCACGCUGCCUGCCGCGGAUUUUGAGGUACUGGCGUCCCAGAAUGCCAUCGACAAGGGCCCGAUGUUCUUCGAGAUUUCGAACAAUGCGAGUUCCAGCCAGAUCGCGACGACGCACGGCGGGGUUUUGGAAUUCACCGCGGAGGAGGGAUUCGUGGGGCUGCCUUGGCACGUCUGGAGCAACGCGGGUUUGCUCGAGGGUGACGAGCAAAGCAGUGUGAGAGUUCGCUACGUAAGGCUUCCCAAAGGAAGAUAUGCCAAGCUCCAGCCGGAGAGCCCCGACUUUGGCGACGUCCCCAAUCACAAGGCCGUGCUGGAGACGAAGCUCCGCCAUCACGCAGCUCUAUCGUGUGGAGACGUCCUGAGCGUCAGCUUUGGGGGCGUGGAUCACAGGCUCCUGGUGCUGGAGCUCAAGCCGGCCUCGGCAGUGUCGGUGCUCGAGACGGACAUGGAAGUGGACGUGGAUGCGCCGCUAAAGGAGAGCUUUCCUGGGAAGAUUGUGCCACUUCUCAUAGGCAAAGCCGAGAGUGGUGUAGUGGAAGAAGGCCAGUACAGGUACUACAAGUUCAGCGUCGAUCAAAAGCUGGCGGAUGCUGCGAGCAAAGACGAGUUGGAGCUCUUGAUCCGGCUGCAAGUUGGUGGCGGUGGUGGCGAUGCCGACGUCUAUGUUGCUGCUCAUCCGGUGAUUUUUCCCUCGCGAGAUGAGCAUCAGUGGUCGUCACACGACACGGGGACGAAAGUUAUCAGUCUAGCAGGCGCGUCGGUGCUUCCAGGAGUUUACAGCAUCGCGGUGUUUGGAUUUAGAGGCGUGUCCAGCUUCACGCUGGCUGUGGAGGGGAGGGAAUCCAGAGAAAAGCCAGCGGCAGGUCACAGAGUUGGAGGUGCUGAGGCGAAGAUGGUCCAGGAUGGCUACGAGACUUGUGGCAAUUGCAAGCAGAUGAUACCAUCGCGUACGCUUCCGCUACACGAGGCCUACUGCAUCCGUCACAACGUCCCGUGCGGCUAUCCGGGCUGUGGGAUCGUUCUUCGGCGGGAGGAGGCGGGCCAGCACGUCCAUUGCCCGGGUUGCGGUGAAGCUUUCCGGCAGGAGGAGCUCCAGAAACACUUAGAGGUGUUCCAUGUCGCUCACAGCUGCGACUGUGGAGUCGUCUUGGAAAUGCAGGCCAUGGUGAAACACAAGGCUACCGAUUGUCCACUGCGAAAGAUUACGUGUAGAUUUUGCGGGGACGUGGUACAAGCCGGGGGCGAUGCCAAGGAUUUGCGAGACAGGCUAAACGGGUUGAGCCAGCACGAGAGCAGCUGUGGCUCGCGGACGGACGAGUGUGACGUUUGCCACCGGGCCGUGAUGCUGAAGGCCAUGAAUUUGCAUCGAGCAGCAGUCCACGGUGGUGCUGGAAGUCUUAGCAGCGGCCCAAGAGAAGAAGAAGAAGAAGAAGAAGAAUCCACCAGUGAGAAGUGUCCGAUUUGCGACAAGAUCUUCGACGGGGUGACCGCGAUCAACCGGCAUUUUGAGAGCGACCACUUUGGUCCGAGCAGCAUUCCAGCAAAGAGCUCGCCGCCGCCGCCAUCGAUCCCCUCCAGUUUCCGGCAGUCUCUCUCGGUUUUGUGCCCGAUUUGUGGGAUGGCCGUGCACAGCGAGCGGGAUUUGAGUUCUCACAUCGACAUGGUUCACUGAGAGCUAAGAUGGUGGGAAAAUACGUCGAUUCUUUAUAAAAGGAGUGUACCUAGUUAAUGACAAGAUUAUAGGACUGCUUUGUGGUGACAAACUUAGAAGAUAUCCUUUUGAUCUAUUGAAAUAAUGACGCAUUCUCAUCAUCA